AUGAGUAAAUUAUUGAUGAUAUUUUUGUCGUUCUUAACUUUGAUUGAGCAUUCUGGUGGGUAUAAGAUUUUGGUAUGGUCGCCAACCAUCAGCAAGUCCCAUAUGAUCCAAAACGGUCGGUUGGCGGAUGCGUUGGCUAAGGAUGGACAUAAUGUUGUGAGUAAAGCGCAUGCUUUUACAUAAGGGCUCAUAUAAACUUUAAGGUAGCUACAGUAGUCCAAAUAGCUUGUCCCUUUUCUAGACUGUCCUCGAAACUGACGUAGUCGAACUCCCCGGAUCUCUGAAAGUUGUCAAACACGCAAAUCUCUGGACAGAAACCUUUGAUUGGCCCGAAAGAGAGCGAAUUCUAUCUAAAAAUUUGGACCUCCUCUCCUAUGGAGUCCUCAAUGGAAUUGGCCAUAUGGAUGCAAUAAACCGCAAGUCUGGAGAGUCUUGUCUAGGUUAGCUUUCUCAAUGGUAUCUUUUGUUGUUAUCUGUAGGAUUAAAAAUCAAAUUUUAAGCCCUUCUCCGAGACAGAAGGAUAAUUCAAAAAAUCGCAGCCGAAAAAUUUGAUGUCAUCAUUUUUGGGCAAUUUGAUGUUUGCCCUUUUGUAAUCGCUCAUAUGCUCAAUAUCUCUGUCAAGAUUUGGAUGAGCAGUUGUCCAAUUAUCGAGCAUCAAGCAACUUUGGUUGGAAUACCAGCGGAAUUCAGUUAUGUCCCUGCGGCGAUAAACGGAUUCACCGGGGAUCGGAUGACAAUCAUUGAGAGAUUCUGGAACAUUGUGAAAAGAUUUGGACAAAGUUACAGCUACUUGAAGUACUGGGAUGAGUUUUAUGCAAAGUUGAAAUUGGAGUAUGAUGGGUAAGGAGUUUGUGCGAACUGUUGCGGGAAAACUUUGGAUAAACUAGGCCAUAAUUCCAGAGGAAAUAUUCAUGGCAUCUUUCUUUAAUUUUAGUGAUAUUACCCACCCAAUCGACCUCGCCAAGACCACUGAUCUCGUCUUUAUCAACACUGAUGAGCUCCUCGACUUCCCUCGCCCCCUCCCUCCUAAUGUCAUCCAUAUUGGCGGAUUUGGGAUGGAUAAAGUUGAUACUACUCUUACCAAAGAAUACGAGGCUCUAAUGUCCGAAGGAAAGGAAGGAAUUGUCUAUUUUUCUUUCGGAUCCAUAGUUCCAACCAAUUCUCUUCCGCAGACAUACAGGAAGAAUAUCAUUGACAGCUUUGGCAGAUUGAAGGAUUAUUUUUUCAUUAUGAAGAUCUCAGAGAACGACAAAUUUUCUGCCGGAUACGCUAAAGGUUUUAAAAACGUCUUUAUCAGCAGCUGGGCACCGCAAACUGCUAUCUUAGGUAGACUAAAUAUCGAAACCAACGAAGUGCAGCCUAAUUUUUUAGCCCAUCCUCGAACGAAGCUCUUCAUUACCCAUGGAGGAUAUAACAGUAUCAUGGAAGCUUCAAGAUUUUCGGUACCAUUGCUCCUUAUAGGAAUGUUCUCUGACCAGCCAAGAAAUUCAAAAUUGGUCGAAAGAAAUGGAUGGGGUCUGAGCUUGGAUAAGAGAUCGUUACUGUAUGGGACGGAGGAAUUCGAAGGGAGAAUUCAGGAACUUUUGACCAAUCUAACGUAAGUUUAGUUAUACCGAGAUCAAUCGGUAAAAAAUACGAGGUAUCAACCUCUAUGUAGUGUCAAAAGAGCUGCCGGAAAUGAAAACUAAAGCCUUGAAUCCGAUUGGAUUUCAGCUACAAACAAAAUGCCAUAAGAAUUACUAACCUCGCCAAGACAAAGCCACAGACUGGAGAACAGCGCCUUCUUUCUUAUGUCAGAUUUCUUGAAUCUAAUGGCGGCCAUCUUCCGGAACUGAAAACUAUCGCCAGCGACUUGUCGCUGAUCGAAUACUUAAAUCUUGAUGUUUUGGCUGCAACACUCUUAUUCAUCAUUCUCAUUGCUGCGACAGUCGUUUAUGUUAUCAGAAAAACUCUGCCGAUUGUUGUGAAUGUAGCAAAAAGAAAAAUUGAAUGA